AUGGCGCAGCAGAGUGGCGACCCAAGAAAGUGCUUUCUGCUCCCCUGUGCCUGCAGCAUUCUCGGGAUCGCAGCCUUUCCCGCUCUCCUCCUGGCACCAGGUCUGCCCUUCUCCUCCGCUGGCGGCAGCCGCCGCAUGGCCCGCUUUGCGCGGCAAAUGACUGGCCAGAUGCUGCGGGGGGGGGAGAGAGAGAAACGCAUAAAAGCGCCACGUGGCAUCUUCACCACCGUGACUGGCGCAGGAAAUGGUCCUGCCGCCUGGGCCUUAGGCAGCAGCAGCACACAACAGGCCCGGCGUGUGGAGCGGAGGCAGCAGCGGCAGUAUGCAGGCGACAGUGCCCUUCGAAGGCACAGCAGGAAAAGCAACAGGCGGUGGCUCCGGAGCGCCCAGAAAAUCGCGAAAGCGAGCUCGCAUUUCCUCGCAGGCGAGUCACUCUACCACUGCUCGGUGUUGUGGCUUUGCAGGCUCUGA